AUUCAGGUUCCUCACAGACCCAGGGGGUGAGGAUGUUGCUUUUUGCCCACUUGCUUCAGCUGCUGGUCAGCGCCACAGUCCCGACCCAGAGUAGCCCACACUCGCUGCGGUAUUUCACCACCGCCGUGUCCCGGCCCGGCCUCGGGGAGCCCCGGUUCAUCAUUGUCGGCUACGUGGACGACACGCAGUUCGUGCGCUUCGACAGCGACGCGGAAAAUCCGAGGAUGGAGCCUCGGGCGCGGUGGAUUGAGCAGGAGGGGCCGGAGUAUUGGGAGCGGGAGACUUGGAAAGCCAGGGACAUGGGGAGGAACUUCAGAGUAAACCUGAGGACCCUGCUCGGCUACUACAAUCAGAGUAACGACGAAUCUCACACGCUGCAGUGGAUGUACGGCUGCGACGUGGGGCCCGAUGGGCGCCUGCUCCGCGGGUAUUGUCAGGAGGCCUACGAUGGCCAGGAUUACAUCUCCCUGAACGAGGACCUGCGUUCCUGGACCGCGAAUGACAUAGCCUCACAGAUCUCUAAGCACAAGUCAGAGGCAGUCGAUGAGGCCCACCAACAGAGGGCAUACCUGCAAGGUCCUUGCGUGGAGUGGCUCCAUAGAUACCUACGGCUGGGAAAUGAGACACUGCAGCGCUCAGACCCUCCAAAGGCACAUGUGACCCAUCACCCUAGAUCUGAAGAUGAAGUCACCCUGAGGUGCUGGGCCCUGGGCUUCUACCCUGCUGACAUCACCCUGACCUGGCAGUUGAAUGGGGAGGAGCUGACCCAGGACAUGGAGCUUGUGGAGACCAGGCCUGCAGGGGAUGGAACCUUCCAGAAGUGGGCAGCUGUCGUGGUGCCUCUUGGGAAGGAGCAGUAUUACACAUGCCAUGUGUACCAUGAGGGGCUGCCUGAGCCCCUCACCCUGAGAUGGGAGCCUCCUCCAUCCACUGUCUCCAACAUGGUAAUCAUAGCUGUUCUGGUUGUCCUUGGAGCUGUGAUCAUCCUUGGAGCUGUGGUGGCUUUUGUGAUGAAGAGGAGGAGACACAUAGGUGUAAAAGGAUGCUAUGCUCAUGUUCUAGGCAGCAAGAGCUUCCAGACCUCUGACUGGCCUCAGAAGGCAUGAAAAUCCCUGGGGGGGCUGGUGAGAUGGCUCAGUGGGUAAGAGCACUGACUGCUCUUCUGAAGGUCCAGAGUUCAAAUCCCAGCAACCACAUGGUGGCUCACAACCAUCCGUAACGAGAUCUGACUCCCUCUUCUGGAGUGUCUGAAGACAGCUACAAUGUACUUACAUAUAAUAAAUAAAUAAAUAAAUAAAUAAAUAAAUAAAUAAAUAA